UAAAGGCGUGCAUUGCCACUGCCCGGCUUAAAUUAUUUUUUUGAAAUAAUAAUAAAAUUACAUCACCCCUGCUUCUUGUCCCCAAACCUUCCCAUAUAACCCUUCUUGUUCCUGUCUGUGCUCUCUUGUUGGUAAACAGGACUCCUUAUCCAAGAGGACAGGAGGACAUAGGUAGGACUUGCCAUCAGGGUACCUUGUUCUACCCACUCUCUCUGCCCUGUGGUGGGGAGGAGUCCUGUGUUCUGCUUGCCUGCCCCGAGGGAAGGAUUUCCAUAUUUGGACCCUUUGGGAUACCUGUUUGGCCGUGUCCCUGGGGGCUAGAAGUGUUGAAUGUCUAGUUCCUGGACAGAAAGCUCAGUGUGUUCAGGGCCUCAACCAGUCCCAGGAGGGGGCUGUCUAAAUCUCAGAAGCUGAAAAGCCCCAAAAACACUGAAUCUUGGUGUUUUUCAAGGCCUUGGGGACAGACCUCCUGGACUUACCUGGAAACUUCAAAUUAUGGGCAUGGAAUUGGAGAACAGAAAGGCUUAGCCUAAGAAUCUGGCCUGUCAGAGAAGGACCUAUAGGGUACUUGGAGGAGCCAGUCUAGGAGGGGCCUGAGUUGGGUAGAGUGGGGCGGUAGAGCCCUGGGAGACCCGCCCCUUGAAUACAUCUUGGGGCCUCAGCACUCGGGACAGUGUGCACAUCUGCGACUGGUGGGAGCAUGAACAGCUCACAGAUGGGAGCUGCGGCCAAGGCUGCCUGGCUGAGCUGCUGUAACCAGUCUGGGCUGCCACUCCAGCCACCGGAGGGGCCACGACUGGUGCAGGCGGUAGUGCUGGGCGUGCUGUCCCUUCUGGUGCUCUGCGGGAUCCUGUUCCUGGGUGGUGGACUCCUCCUCCGAGCGCAGGGCCUGAUAGCACCACCGACUAGGGAAAGGCACGCAUCCCCUGAGGCCGAGCCUGGUGCCUGUGGAGGGGAGGACUCCUAGGUGUCAGCCUGUCUUGAGAGGCUCAGCCCCUUCUGUGCCCUCCAGAGCCCAUUUCUGUGCAGCACAGUGGAAGGUCCAUUCCACAAACUCCCGUCUCCUGCACAGGUGAGAGCCGUGAGGCAUAGGGAACGUGGGGGUGGGGCUGGGUGUGGGUGCAGCGAUGGCCUGUACGCUCACCAGACCAGACAGCUGCUAGUCCAGGGUGAGGCUGGAGGGCCCCUUUGCCUCUGGUCAUCCCUCCCACCCUGACUGUCCUCUGGAAACAGACAGCCCUUGUGCUCCCGCAAGCAUAAAGGAAGAGACCAGAGGGGCCGGGUGAUGGGAGUUCUUUUCUGGUACCUAUGUGUUUCCCCAUCCUGCAUCUGCCCAGUCCAACGUGCAGUGUGCUGGGCUCAACAGGACCGUUCGUACUGGAGACUAAUUCAGUCUGGCCUUGGCUAUUAGCCUUUGUUCAUGACGGGAGUGGGCAGACUGGAGCCAACCAAGGUGAAAGUGGAGGAGGGGAGGGGGAAGAGUCUUCAUUCCCACUGGAGAGGAAUCCCUGGUUGUUUGGGGGAACCUUGCAGGUAGAGAGGUGGCGAGGCCUCCUCCCGUGCCUCCUGCUCCUGGUAGCUCAGGACCAGCUGUGUGUUGGGGUGGUGACUGCAGGCAUCCUAGCAGGAGCAGAUGCUGCAGGAAGUAGAAGUGGGGCCGAGGGUCCAGCUGUGGGGCUGUUUCUGGGUCUCUGUCUCUAUCUCUCUAAGGACGGGAACCAUCUGGAGAGAAGGGCCUGGGUGGCCAAAGACAGAGUGACCCCAGUCCAAGGCCACCUCAGACUGAGCCAUGAAAGGGGGGUGCUUCCCCUUCUCGUCAGCUGUGUGGGACUCCUGGGGAGUUCUGUGAGAGGCUCUUCCUGGCGACUCUCACCCCUCCUGCUCUCAAGUUACCACCAAGAAGGCAGUGGUGCAGGGUGCCUGUGAGGGUGACCUGGUGAGGGGCUGAGGGUGUGGGCAGGUGCAAAUAAGCAGCUAGCUGUGAAGCCGACAAUGUGUGAUCCUUGCUUAGCAGCUAAGGGUUUGGCACAGGUCCUGGCCAGCUGUGCCACCCUGGCCUUGAAAAUGGCAGAUUACAUCAAAGAUGCCUCCCCCACUGCCUUGGAGUGAAGAUAGUCCAGGGCAGGGCAGCGUGUGUGUGUGUGUGUGUGUGUGUGUGUGUGUCUGUGUGUGUCUGUGUGUGUGCACGCCCCUGGCAUCAGGGUAGUGGGCAGCAGAGCCCAGGGAACUGUCCCCACUCACUUCCCUGGUGGUGGGCACCAGAGAGCUUCUGACCAGGCUCCCCUGAGCCUACUGUCUGAUCCCCUCUGCUGUAGUCUCCCUCCGUGUGCUUCCCUUCCUCUCUUUCUAAAUCCCUGCAACACCCUUCACUGACAAACAGGGAAGCUCAGAGAACAUUUAGAGGGAGAGCAGACCCAGGAGACUGAGCUUGGAACUUGGAGCCCCAAGGUCCAGUUCCAGCUCUGCCAUGCCCCUGAAUGUGUCAUGUGGGGCUCCAGCUUCCAAGCUCAGUCUCCUGGGUCUGCUCUCCCUCUGCUUCCCCACAGCUCUGUGAGAUGCUGGCAGGGGUCAUGCUUCCCUUCCCCCAAGAAGGGAGCUGUUACAGGCACACGUGCAACAUUCAGCUUGACCUCAACCCUAAGCGUCAUUGUCCCUGACCCCUCAUGUCCCUACUUCUUCAGUGGCCUUGCCAGAUACCAUUUUGGUCCUAGAACAGUCUUCAGAUGCCAGGAGACAACUCCUUACCAGCUGGGUGCAGAUUUCCUGGUUUGAACCUGAGGAAUGGGGAGGGCCUCAGAGGGUUGCUGAAGUAAACAUGGAUGGGAAAGAUCCAAACCAAAGAUCCCUGUGGUGUUAGGGAUGUGUGGCGAAUUGGAUGGCAGGAAAGGCUGUGUCUCCAGCAUUGUCUUGUCUGCUCACACCCAGGACUGUGACAGAGCUGGGAGAGGGGGUAGGCCAGCUUCCUGCCUUUGAUGUCCCUUGGACUCGGUGUUUGGAAUGGGUAGUGCGUGUUCAGAAGUUCGCUACAGAUCUCUGAUCAAGGCUAUUGGGUGGGUGGGGAAAAAGAGGGGUUUGCUGCAGUAAGCUCCUUUCAGAAUGGAAAGAAGGGGGGACUGGAGGAGGUCUGAGAGACCGAGGAGCGGCACCUUGGCUCCCAGUGCACUCUGUUAGCCUGAGCCUGUGCGACCACGGCUGGGGCAACCGAUGGACUGGCAUCCUGCCCUACCCUGUCAUUGUGUACAGGGCCCUGUCUGAUCUCAGCUGACUGCCCAGCUCCCUCCAGUCAAGAUAGGGGCACCAUGUCUUACAGAUGCUGGAGCCAGCUGUGCCUCUCAGAGAGCUCUCCCUCCACCUGCCAUCACACCAGGGAACCCCUGCCACCCACCCUCACCCCAGUUGUGAUGCAGAUGAUGGGCUGAAGAUACCUGGACUGCGGUGACUCCGCCCUCUGUUCCCUGGCACCUGGGGUGGGUCCCGGAGCCCCAGGCUCCAGUAACAGUGAGUCUGCUCUGGGCACUGAAGUGACUUUAUACCCCAACCACUUGGACACUAGUGUGUCCUCUGCCCACCAGGCCCCUGUGGACAUGAGUGAAGUUCCUGUCCUGCCUGAUGCCCGACCAUAGUGUCCUGCAACCCCGCAACCUAUUGUAACCUACUGCCGCUGAGAACCGUGGGUUAGACCCUCCCAUUUGGAGAGUGCAUCAGCCACCGGCAAUGUGCCAUCGCUUUCCAUGGCUUGCUAUUAAACAGGCCAGCAAUACAGUUCUGAGUGUGUGGUCUGUUUCCAGCCCUGGACCUUGGGAUUCCUAGUUUGUCUCCUCACUCCCCUUCCAUUUUCCUGCUUCUUGCAGAUUGUUUGUUUGUUUGUUUAUUUCUUAUGUAUUUAGUUAUUGAGAUAGGAUUUUACUUCAAUAGCCCAAGCUGACCUGAAACUUACUGUGUGCUCUAGGAUGAACUUGAACUCACAGUAAUCCUUCUACCUCAGCCUCCCAGGGAUUACAGAUGGGGCCACACAGCUGGUUUAGAACCAAGACUUUGUGAGGGUGGGUGUGAUGUGGGCUGGAAGUGACUCUAGCGCCCAAAUGUGAUUGCGCUCUGACCUCUUGGUCAGUGUGAUCAAGAGUUUGGCUUUAUUCAACCUCUGACAAGAGCUGGGGAGGGGCACCUCUUCUAUGUGGCUCCCAUAGGCUCCCAUGUUUGAAUGCUUGCUCCCCAGUUGAUAGAACUCUUUGAGAAGGAUUGGUAGGUGUGGCCUUGCUGUAGGAGGCGUGGCCUUGUUGGAGGUGUGUCAUUGGGAGUGGACUUUGAGGUUUCAAAAGACUUGAAUUAUUCCCAGUUAGCUCUCUGUCUGCCUGGUCCUUGUGCCUCAAGAUGGAAGCUGUCAGCUUCUGCUCCAACACCAUGCCUGCGUGUGCUGCCAUAUCUCCGUUCUGAUGGCCAUGGAUUCGUCCUCUGAAACUGUA